AUGCCAUUACCAACUAAGCGACCCAAAAAAUCUUCUAAAUCUUCUAAAUCAACUACAAAUAAAAAAAUCAACAUUAAUAUAAAUGAUCUUAAGAAAAAACUUGAUAAUCAACAACAAAAGAACGAUCAAAGUAGUCAAGAACAAAAUAAACAAGGUUUGAUUGUAUCAUCAUGUAAAUUAGGUCAAAUUAUUUCAAAAAAUCAAUUUACAAAUAAUUAUUCCUCUGCAUCUACUGUGAGUUAUCAACAACAUCAUAAUUAUGAUAUUUUUGAUGAGUUUUCAGAACUUUUAAAGAAUUCAAAGAGUAACAACAAAAAUAAUCUUGCUCCAAAGAAAAUCAAUAAAUACAAGACCAACGACAAAAAACAAUCAAGGAAGAAUCUUACGCCUACUACGCCUACACCAAUUCAUGUUUCUAAACUUCCACCUACCACUAAUAUUCACACAAACGUUCAUACAACUGAUCGUAAUGAUACUGCUCCUCCUCCAAAAAAUGUAACUUCACCUACACCUUCUUCUGCUCCAUCAUCUUCAUUAUUUACACCCAUACCACCGUCCACCAAAACCAAUCACCAGGACGCUAAACAAACAAAUUUUAUUGGCAAUCAAUCUUUUGGUAAUUAA